AUGAGUGAUAAUAGCAGUAACAGACCUCCUGAACUUGAUAAUUUACUGAAAUUGGAUGGUUAUCUGUGGAAUUAUCAGAAUGAAAUUUGUCGCAGAUAUGGAGUGUUCCUUGAUUAUUCAAAAAAAAUUGCAGAGUGUGGUGGAUGGGAAACAUUCACAACAGCUUAUCGAGAAUAUGGUGUUGUGGUAUUGAAAGAUAAUUCAAUUCGCUGUCUGGAAUGGGCACCAGGAGCAGAAGCUUUAUCGUUAGUGGGGGAUUUCAACAAUUGGAAUACUGAAUGUCAUCCAUACAAAAAACUGGAAUAUGGCAAAUGGGAAUUAAUUAUUCCAGCUGAUAAAGAUGGUAAUUGCCCAAUUAAGCACGGAUCAAUAAUUAAGGUCGCAGUGAAAAAGAACGGUGUAUUUCAUUUUAAAUUAUCCCCUUGGGCGCAUUAUGUUACACGACCGAAAGAGACAACAGUUUACCACAUGCCCUUUUAUAACCCUCCAGAAUCGGAACGUUAUUAUUUCAAACAUCCAAAACCAUCAAAACCAAAAUCGUUACGGAUUUAUGAAGCACAUGUUGGAAUAUCUAGUAAGGAAGGGAAGGUUAAUAGCUACAAGAAUUUUGCGAAUGACGUUAUUCCGAGAAUCAAAAAGCAAGGUUAUAAUGCCAUUCAGUUAAUGGCAAUUAUGGAGCAUGUUUACUAUGCCAGUUUCGGUUAUCAGAUAACUAGUUUUUUCGCAGCAUCAAGUCGUUGCGGGACACCAGAAGACUUAAAAUAUCUCGUAGACAAAGCACACGAAGCAGGUAUCAUUAUCUUACUUGAUGUGGUACAUUCGCAUGCCUCAAAGAAUGUGGACGAUGGAUUGAAUGAGUGGGAUGGUACUCAAAACAAAUACAGCUUCGAUGGAUUUCGAUUUGAUGGUGUAACGUCAAUGUUAUACCACUCCCACGGAAUUGCUGAUGCAUUAGAUGGUGGUUACGAUAUGUAUUUCGGUCUGAAUGUUGAUACCGACUCACUUAUUUAUCUGAUGCUUGCGAAUUCGUUCCUGCACCGCAAAUUCCCUAGUAUUGUGACGAUUGCUGAAGAAGUAAGUGGUAUGCCAGCGUUAUGUCGACCAGUCGAAGAGGGUGGACAAGGUUUCGAUUAUCGCUUAGCAAUGGCAGCACCGGAUUUAUGGAUUAAACUUCUCAAACAUUUUUCGGAUGAAAACUGGGAUAUUUCUAAUUUGGUAUUCACGUUGGAAAAUAGAAGGUAUGCUGAGAAACAUAUUGCAUACGCUGAAUCACACGACCAAGCUCUUGUUGGUGAUAAGACGAUUGCGUUUUGGUUGAUGGAUAAAGAAAUGUACGAUUGCAUGUCUGAUACAAUACCAUUAACUCCAAUAAUUGAGCGUGGUAUAGCAUUACAUAAAAUGAUUCGACUUAUCACAUGUGGAUUAGGUGGCGAAGCAUGGUUGAAUUUUAUUGGCAACGAAUUUGGUCAUCCAGAAUGGCUUGAUUUUCCUCGUGUGGGCAACAAUGAAUCAUUUCAUUAUUGCCGAAGGCAGUGGAAUUUAGUAGAUGAUGAGCUUCUUCGAUAUAAAUAUUUGAAUAAUUUUGAUCGCUCUAUGAAUGAAUUGGAAGAGAAACAUCAUUUCCUCUCACGUGGACCGGCGUACACUUCAUGGAAACAUCAAGAGGAUAAAGUAAUAGCAUUCGAACGUGCUGAUCUUCUGUUUAUUUUCAAUUUUCAUACAUGCAAGAGUUUCUCAGAUUAUAAAAUUGGUAUCGAAGUAGCAGGAGAGUAUGCAUUGGCAUUGAGUAGUGAUGACACCGAAUUUGGUGGUUUUAAUCGACUGGACAAAAAUCAUCAUUACUUUACUUUCCCAGAAGGUUAUGCAGGUCGGCGAAAUCAUCUUUUUGUAUAUAUUCCGUGUCGUGUUGCUAUAGUCUUGGAGAAAGUUCCCUGA